CCUGGCCUCGGCCUGACGCUCUGGCUCCCCCCAGGCGCAGCUGCCAGCGAUGCCCCGAGCUGCGACCCCCAGGCGGCGCCGAUCGUGGGGGGCUCGGCCCGGCUGCAGCGCCAGGGGCAGAUGCUGGUGUACCAGUGCCCCGAGGGGCAGUUCCCGUACCCCCGGCCCGUCCGGGAGUGCCGCUCCAACGGCCGCUGGAGCCCCCUGAACCCCCCCGGCGGCCGCCCCCUCGCCAAGGCCGAGUGCAGAGCCAUCCAGUGCCCGGGCCCGCUGGAGUUCGACAACGGGCACUUCCACCCCCGCCAGCCGCGCUACAACAUCAGCCAGACGCUGACCUUCGAGUGCUUCGAGGGGUACACGCUGCGCGGCCCCCACAACCGCACCUGCCUGCCCAACGGGAAGUGGAGCGGGGGGAUGGCCAUCUGCGACGACGGAGAGGGCCAGUGCCCGGACCCCGGCAUCCCCAUCGGGGCGACGAAGGACGGGCAGCACUACCGGGUGGAGGACCGGGUCCGGUACCGGUGCGGCCGGGGGCUUGUCAUGUUCGGGUCCAAAGAACGGACCUGCCAGGAGUCCGGCGCCUGGAGCGGGACCGAACCGGAGUGUCGAGACCCGUCCACCUACGACACCCCCCAGGAAGUGUCCUCCGCGUUCAUCGCCUCCCUCUCGGAGACGGUGGAGGUGGCUGAUCCGAACCGGACCACCUCGGAGAACGUGAAGCGGAGGAUCCGGAUCGAGGCCGGCGGGUCCAUGAACAUUUACCUGGUGAUCGACGCCUCGGACAGCGUGGGGGAGGGGAACUUCUCCCGCGCCCGCGACGUCCUGGUCCAGCUCAUCGAGAAGAUCUCCAGCUACGGGGUCUUUCCCCGCUACGGGGUCCUGACCUUCGCCACUGACCCCAAAAUCGUGGUGAAAACCGUGGAGCCCGAGAGCAGCGACGCCGACUGGGUCAGCACCAAGCUGGGGGAGCUGAAAUACGACAGCCACGCACUGCGCAGCGGCACCAACACCCGGGCCGCGCUCCAGGCCGUGCUCAACAUGAUCAUCCAGCAGGAGCAGGACGAGAUUCGCAAGGGCCACAAAGUGGCGCCGGUCGCCAACUCCACCCGCCACGUGCUGGUCCUCAUGACUGACGGUGAGACCCCCCUGUACCCCCAAACCCAACUCCACCCGCCACGUGCUGGUCCUCAUGACUGACGGUGAGACCCCCCU